AUGCUUCAAAAGACCAUAAACCUCAGCGGCCACGAUGCUUCAAAGGGCCGCCAAGCCUCCAGCGGCCACCCGCGUCAAAGGACCGCCAAGCCUCCAGCGGCCACGAUGUGUCAAAGGACCCUUGAGAAGCCUCAGCGACCACCCGAUGUGUCCAAAAGGACCCUUGAAGCCUGCAGCGGCCACCGAUGUGUCCAAGGACCCAUGAAAACUCCAGCGACCGUCGCACCCCAAAGGACCCGCGAAGCCUCCAGCGGCCACCGAUGCACCCAAAGGACCCGCCAAACCUCCAGGGGCCACCGAUGCGUCCAAAGGACCUGCCAUGUCAGCAUCUCCCCCACUGAUGGCUCAAAGGGCCCUGCCAAGUUUCCGGCGGCCACUGAUGGGUCCAAAGUCCCUGGCAAGUCCCCAGCAGCCACCGAUGUGUCGAAGGGACCCACCAUGUCUACAAUCAGAGAUGCAUCAAAGUGUUCCACCAAACUUCCAGCGGCCACUGAUGCACCAAAGGAUCUCCCCAAGCUACCUGCGGCCACUGAUGUGUCUAAAAGCCCUACCAAGCAUCCAGCAGCCACUGAUGCAUCCAGUUGUUUCACCAAGACCCCUGCUGCUACAGAAGCAUCAAAACAACCCGUCAAGUUACUAGGCAGUGUUGACUUAAUAAAGACUCCUCAAAAACAAUCUGAACUUCCUGCAGCUUUUUCAUCAAAGUCUGCUGUUGAUCUUACAAAAUGUUCUAAAUCUGUUUCUGAAAUUGACAAGACCUCUGUUAAAUCAGUUUCUGAAGAACCUCUGACAAAAUCUGGAGUUAGUAAACCGUCAAUAUCCACAGAUGUUAUUCCUCCAAUUUUGGCAGCUACUACUAGUUCUUCACCAGUGAAGACUUCAAAUGUCCUUGCUGUGACUACCACAUCUUCAGCUGUACCUACUUUGAGUGUGAAGGCAGUUCCUUCUGCUGAUACUUUGCCACGGAAAGAUGAACAACAAGCGAAGUCCCCCAUGGCUGGAAAUAAGUCUCCAAAUACCAAUACUUCUAUUUCACCAGUUUCAGCAUCACCACCAAAGACUUCUUUACAUUCUUCAGCCUCAUUUCAUAGCCCAAUGCCAGCUGCUUCCACUGCAGAUGUGUCCUCAUUUUCAACUCAGCCUCUUUCAAAAAGUCCGUCAGUGCCUGUUACAAGUGCUGGAACUGGAAAAUCUGUUGGGUCGCCAUCCCUUGGAGGAGUGCAAUCUGUUUCAUCUCAGAAAUGCUCUUCAGGAGCCUCAACUAUAAGCGGGCAGCAUAAGGCACAGCCUGAUUCAUCACUCGGACAACCUUUAUCAUCUACUGUUUCACAACAAAUGACCUCAUCAGCCCCAGCUAUCAUAUCAAAUAUACAGUCCAGUCUGUCCUCACAUUCACAAAAAUCAAAUGUAUCGCCAACCAAGUCACCUGAGGCUAAAAAGCCAGUUAAUACAUCUGGUACAUUAAACAAAUCCAUGCAGUCCUCGUCCACUGCUGGACAGCUAGUUGACACAAAGGCACAACCAUCAAUUUGUACUGUCAGCAAAACUCCUGAUUCAUCUUUGUCUACUUCCACGCCAUCUGCAAAGUCAUUGUUCACAACAGUAAGCAAAACUCCUUUGGAGAGUCAAUCUAAAGUGCCUACUACCAAUCUGCAAGCAACCAUUCCAGUAAUCAGUUCAACAGCAACUGUGGCAAGUAGUAAACCAAUCAGCAGUAGCACCACCACCACCACCACUACUGGUGGUUCAGCACCUGUCCCAACUGUAACCAUGCGAACAGGGCAAGUCCAGCCUAAUGUGGAGCAUUCACAACCACAAAUUCAAUCAGCUAAAACCUCCUCUGUGCCACCUGCUUCAGUGACUGUUGGAAAUGUCCAGCAGACUGGAACUAUUCCUAUUCCAUCACCACAACUGACAGAUUCUUCUAAAGCCAGCAGCUCUUCUGAUGGUGUGAUUAAUGGUGCUGGUGCCAAGACUUCAGCAAGUGUACAGGUUCAAUCUUCAGAAACUAGCAAAAAGCCUCCUAAACUCACAACCAGCCAACCGGAAAACAAACCAGAGGUGAUGGAUGUUGAUCCGUCUCCGUCCACAAAACAAGAUUCAAAUGGCAACGAAGUCUCUCUAAAAGAUUAUGUUGUUAUUAAUAAAAAUGAAGUUCCCCACAAGGACAGUCCUGAAGUAAAGGAGUCUUUGCCAAAAAUGCCUCUUUCCAACCCACCACCAACUCAGUCGGUGAGUGUAGUCUCCAGCAGCACUAGUAGUUCUAGUAGUAGUGGCACUACAGGGUUGAGUGCCCCAAGUAUUGAUUUCAAAGAUAUUUUAUUGAAUCGUGCUUUUAAGUUAAAUCCAGCUUUAUUCUCUAGCACAAUCACAGAAAAAAGUAAGCAGUUUAGUGUGGUUACCUACAAUAUACUUGCUGACUGCCACUUCCGCAGAAAUGAUAAAACAGACAGAUAUCCUGCCGAUGAAAAACCUUUUAUUGAACUGCCAGCCCGACACAAGCGGCUGAUGGCUGAACUCUGCUACAUUGAUGCUGAUAUUGUAUGUUUACAAGAAGUUGAACCAGAAUACUACAGCAAGACCUUGUCACCUGAUAUGCAAAGAUUAGGAUAUGAAGGUUUCUACAAGAAAAGGGUUCAUGAAAAUUUUGAUGAAGGUGAAACUACUUUUUAUAAAACCAGCCGGUUUUCUGAUCCUGAAAACACAGCAUACAGUCUAAAACAGUUGAUAGACAAGGAUAUCCAAGAACUGAGUCUUUCUGAAGAUGUUAAAGAAUCUGUACGGAAGUUUAUGUGUCGACCAGAUGUGCUUUUGGUAACUCGUCUUCGGUGUAAAAAUACAGGAAAGUUUAUUACAGUUGGAAAUGUCCAUGUCAACUGGGGACAGUUCAAACUACCCAAUCUGCAGUGUGUUCAGAUUGCUCGGGCUAUUCGUGAGGUUGUUAAUAGGGCUGGCAAUGAUUCUAGCCCUCAUGUAAUCUGUGGAGAUUUUAAUUCCUUCCCACAAGCACCAGGUUACCAGCUGGCAUCAGAAGGUUAUCUGUCUGACUCUAUGAUUCACUUUUUACAAUCAUCUAAAACAAUGGAAAUGCCUGAUGGAACAAAAAGUGCUCUCAUUGACCACUUAUGGCAAGGCUUCCAGCACACUUCAUCCAGUCUUAAGAGUGCCUAUGCUGUAGUGCAGGGUCGAGAACCAGAUUUGACUACAAUGACCGCACACACACGAGAGUUUGUGACGAUUAAUUAA